AUGACCGCUACGCUGGUUGAGCCAUUCCCCAUGCGGUCAUGAUUUUUCAAACUCAAUAUAUUCCCGUUCCAUCAAAAUGUUCGAAUUUUAAAAGUUUCCCUUAUUUUUUCUGGAAAUUUUAGAUCCAACCCAACGUUAUUGAUGACGUCUCCAAGGCGUUACAACAACUUUUUUAAAUUUCAAAAUUUAUUUUUCGUUUUCACCUUUUUUUUCUCAUUUUUUUCGAAUUUCCCGCAUUUUUUGGACUUCUUCCAUCUCUCUCAGAAUCACCCUGAACCUGACGUUACCAAAACUCCAAGUGACAUCGUCAAAAGUGACGUCACCGAAGAGAAAGCCGACGCCGUUCACCUUGGCGCCGAUCCAAGGACUCACGGGCAAACUAUGCCCCAAGGGACUACUUGAGUACUGUGGCGGCGAGCACAAGGCUCACAGAAGACGUCACGUCGUCUUCCGCGAGCAGGAGCUCAGCCUCAACGGGGGAUCUGAGGCGGGAGCUUCUCAGGCUCCACCUGAGGACGAUUAUAUCGCGCCUUGGCACUUUGCCAAGUAUAUCGUGAAUUUUUCUGGCUUAUUUCACUUCUUAAAGCUACAGUAG